UAUUGUUUUUGUACCACCUACCACCAGCUAAUGAUCCAGUGAGGUGAAGCAAAAUAAUCAAAGAGAUAAUUAAGCCUACCUAGGCAGAUUGUAUCUUCCAACAACCCAAAAAAAAAAAAAAAAAACCUACCACCAGUGAGCGAUAUGAAUUUUCCAUCGCACUAAUUUUUCUAAUUUUUGGAGAACAGUGCUUAAAAAUGAACAUUCACUCCAACAUCAGAUUCAUGAUCACUAGUUGUGCCGCAUGGUCCAGGAAUUAGGUAUUCCUCAAGUUUUUAUGGUAAUUGCCUUCCCAGAAUGUCCGUAUCAAUUCGGAGUACUUUUGCUCAGUAUCUUGCCUGAUUAAUUCUCAACCAUCAUUCCUCAUUCCACAUCAUGGCGGAAAUAGAUGAGAUUCUUCAGGAUCUAUCGCACAUCCCAUCAGAACCGGAUGCUCAAGCUGCCGAAAACUACAAACAACGACUGAUUGCACUGUUCUCUCACUUCAAGGCGCAAGUUGAUAAUCUCGACUAUGAUUUAAGCGCUCUUUUUAAUGAAGAAACAGGCAUCAUAACACUACUCCACAAGCUUCUUCGAAAGACAAAAUACAAGUCUUGCGUCAGUUACACUCUCUCAGAAAUAUCAGAGACAAUCUUGAAAGAUCACAAAAACCGAGUUUUACAGCAUGUUGAAAAAAUAGCAGGCUUUUGCGUAAAAUGUGCUCAAGAGGACAGCCAAUCCUCAGAUUCAAAAGAAGCUGCCCUGAAAAUUUUGAUUGAAUUUAUCAGUCACAACCCCUCAGUGCAUUCUCUUGAUGGAAGACAAUUCUCUCCUUUCAUCACUAAGCUCCUUGCUAUGAAAACCAAGUUCAGUAAUACAGUUAUGAAACAAGUUUACAUUCUUCUGGGACAUCUUGGAAAUUCAUAUUUUGAAGUGUUCAACUCAAACCCAGAAAGGUUUUUUAAUGCCUUUGUUUGUGAAAUAGAAGAAUCCAAGAGGAAAUUAGAUUCUGACACUGCUGGAGUCUCUGCUGUGCUUGAGGGAUGUUUUUAUGGACUAGUAGAGUACAUGAAACAGUUUGAAAUCCCUCCACAAAGUAAAAGUUAUGGUGAAAAACUUUACAAAUUAGCAAAAACGAUUUGCAUAUUUGAUGCCAACCGUAACAGAAAAACUUAUCAGAGAGCUGCGUUAAAAAUGAUGGAGAUCCAUAGCGGUUUGUUCAAAAACUUCUUAGUUUCCGAUUACAAGUGGUGGCAUACUAAUCUACGGAAAUGGUUGACCAACAAUACAAAUAAAGAUAAUCAAACUGCUGUAAUUGAGACUCUCAAGUCCGUAUGUCGUGUCAUAGCCAAAGAAAUAGUAGACAAAGAAACUGAUCAAGGGAGACAAAUCUUAGAGUAUUUCAGUAAAGAAAUCACGAAUUGGUCUAAUACAUCCUGCAUUUUCCAAAGUGCGGACCUAUCUUUAGAUUUACUCAUCAUAUUUGUGGAACCUUACAAGAAGUACAGCGGAGAUGAUUUAUCGAACCUUUUCUCAGAUAUUGUAAAAAGAGCAGAGUGUCUGUGUGCAGAAAAAAACGAGUCAGACACAGCUGCAGAAUUUGUCAUGGCUCGAAUCGGAGAAUUUUUAAAUUGCUUGGCAACGCUAGUAUGCAAUGAUAAAGACAUAACGCAUCAACAGUUGGUCUCACUAGAAACACUCACAAUUAUGGUGAUGAAGAUGUAUCCUGAUUGUGGAAGAAAUUGGAAAGCUAGUCAAACAAUAGAAAGAACUGUUUUAUGUUUAAGCCUUAAAUCAGAAAAAACUUUGGACACAUAUCUCGGAGUAAUAGUUUUUCAAGGGAUCAUUAGAACUUGUGACACAUUGAUUCUUCAAGAUGUUGAAUUCCACAAAUCAGAAAAUAUGGAGGUUACCUCUUACAAAGAUUACCUGCCCAUGUGGGAAAGUUUGCUAAGGUUAUCUAAAAGGCAUUCCAUUGAACCAACUAUUCCUGAAUGUGAGGCCGCACGAAUUAGGAAACUCCUGUAUCGACACCUCAUAGACUCAGCACUCCUAGUCAUUGACAGACUAGACCUCUCAACUGUUCGCAAGGAGGAUGAUGAGAAUCAACCUGUCAUAAAUGACAUAAAAUCUAAGUAUGAUGUGAGAAGGCCAAAAGAUUUUACAAUGCUGGUAAACUUGAUGGAUCUUUUAAAAGACUUGUGUCCCAAACUUGAUAAGUACCUUUUCCUAGAGCACUUGCCUCGAUUUGGUAGAAGUAUUAUCGAUUUUUCCGUUCGGUUUCCGCUGGUCAGUAGCUUUUAUAAAAUUAUAGCCACUGCUCUCCAGAUAGCAGACGAGAAGGGAUAUUUCAAGACUGAAACAACGAGUACAACAAUUGAAGCGGAAAAUUUUCGUCUUCUUGUUCAGUCAUACUUGGAACUAGUUUUGAACAGGGCUCUGCAGUUCACCGAUGAGUUACAAAUUGCCUGUUUGCAUGUAAUUAUGGCUGCCCCCACAACCUUCAUUGAUCCUAUUCUACCCCUGAUUUCAUCGUUCUUAAAGGUCGCAUUCCGUGUGGGAAGCAGUUACUUGCCAUUAGCUGACUUAGCUCUGACAACCCUGGAACGAUGGAUAGAUGCUUUCCCACCUGAAAAAAUUAACCCCUUUUUGAAAGAAAUAUUGCCUUGCUUGGAUUCAUUUUUGAGGAGUAAAGACUUUGAGGGAGACCCAGAAGCUGCCAAUGGUCUUGAUGCAGAAUUUAAGGUCCUAACCUCUGCCUUGCGCAAAUCAAAAAGGAAAAUCAAGAAAAUUCAUGAGAGGCAGGAUACUGAAUUAUUUCGCAUUCAAAAACGCAUUAUCUUGAUGCUAAGCAAAAUAGACAUAUCUACAGCCUUGACCAUUUUAAGUGAAGACAGCACACGUUCCAAGUGGAAAUCAACAAAACAAUUGAAAUUCACCAUUCCGUUUCCGGAUUGUCGCUUGAAUUUAUACCUAGAUGAAAUGUUACCAAGAAUUGUUGAAUCUGCAUUAUCAAGUAGUAAUCGCAAAACGAAAGUAGCAGCUAGUGAAUUGUUGCAUGCUGUAGUGUUGGUUCUUCUUGGAAACGAUAAGCAAAUGGCAAAUUUGGAAAGCAAUCAAACAGCCGACGUUUUAAAAGAGCUGAUGCCAGCUUUGCUACAACUAGGCAGUGAUUCAGAUGAGGUCGUUAGGACUCUAUUCCAACAUCUUGUUAGACCAAUGAUGUUUUAUUUCUCCAGUAAAUUCCAAGCCCACACCAACAGUGUCAAGGUGGUUUUUGAAGCUCUGAUGGAUGGUAUUACUAAUCCAACCGACUCGGCAGUUAGAGACUUCACAGCCGAAUGCAUUAAAGGUUUUACGCAAGGUGCAAUCAAACAGUCUAAGAGCAGCAAUGAGAAAGUCCCUCUUUACAUCAAAGGAAUAAUUUCCCGCAUUAACCUCUACUGCGUUCAUCCUUGCAAGUUCAAAAGACUUGGCGGCGCUAUGAUAUUUAACAGUAUCCACUCAUGCUUGCGCGAAGAAAAACCCAUAAUUAAUGAACAUUGGCUAGAGCUCAUGUAUUAUUUGGUUAAAAAUUUGUCUUUGAGUGAAGAGAAUAAUGAUUGUUCAGAUCAAUUGAGAUCUGCGUUAAGGCACAUCCUGAGAGUUUUUGAAAAGGAAGAAUUCCGCAAAAUGCUCAACAGUCGGAAUCCAAAUAGGAAAAAGCCGAUAGAAUUUGAAGAUGAAACUCUGCAAGGUGCAACUUUAUGGCUUUUGAAGCAAACCUCAUCUCCGUCUAUUGUGUGCCGAACGGAAACUAUGGUGUUAUUUCAGCGGUUUGCUAGUUUCUUGCCAGGCUUUAUAUCAGCUUCAAAUUACUUGAAUUCUUUGAUCUCUACUGAAGGCGAGGACUUUGUAUCAAAUCUAGUGGAAGAGAAUUUAACUGUGGAGCCUCUGAGGGAUCGAAUUUCACCUUAUGUUAAAGUUAUCUCAUGGCUUAAAAAUCUUCAUGCCGCUCUUGAGUUUUACUCUUGGCUGAUUGGUGGUAUCAUCAUUGAUCCUGGUUUGUUACUCAAAGCUGAUUCAAGAUUCAUGCAAGCCCUGAAGUAUUUCAUUAGCAAUGUUGGUGCCACAUCCUGCCAACAUUUCAUCGAAAUUCUCUACAGUGAUUGGUCCGCUGAAGUGCCACAGCUUGAUUCAAACCUGUACAGCAGUGUUGCAACAGAGGUACUUGCCCAGCUAUUCAAGUUUUUGACCAUUAGUCACAAUUCUUUAAAGGAGGAAUUUUUCUGUGAAAUUUUGAAAGAACCUCUGUGGAAACUCAUCGUGUUGUGUACUUUAAGACCAUCGACAACUGUAGCUAGAGGUGUUUGCUCUGAAACAUCUCUCAAGUUCUCGGAAGUUGUUGCGGAGUUGCUCCGUAGUUUGGACAAGUAUCUAACACAGAAAUUGCAAGCGGAACUCCACGACGCAUUCAGCACUGAAGUGAGUGUCGUUUAUGAGAACCUCAUAAAUAAGCCGCUUAUGUAUCAGUUACUUCACCAAGCCAGCAAUAAUGAAGUUGCUGAAGGGCUCGUCCUCCUUCAACAGAUACAAAGUUGCAGAAGCAAGAAUUCUUUCCUCAUGAAAGUUCUGAAGGAUAAAAGUUUCAGCACUGUUAAUUUGUAUCAAAAAAUAUUUAACUCUUUGUACGAUUCAAACGGCACCACUGUCCACUUAUCAGAGAAAGAUACUGACUUCUUACGUUCGCUCUUUUCACUGGCAACAUUACUAGAUGAGGAGGUGGAACUUUUGUCCGGUUUUAUUUUUAAAACUGACCAGGCAAGAUUAAAGGACUCCUUACGACCAGUUACUCAAGGAGAUCAUUUCAAGUACCUGUUUUUCCGGCAGAUUAUCAGUCGUUUUUCGGACUCAUUCUCAAAAGCAGUCCACCAUUUAAUAACACCAGACAAGAUCCAUGCUGACAUUUUACUGGCUAUUAUGAAAGAGCAUGAAUGCUCCCCACCAAACAUAAACCAGAGAAAUUCAGAAUUAGUAAAGUGCAUUUUUCAGAAGUGGGAUAUAAUACAAAUUUAUGGUAAUAAAUAUGACAACAGUUAUGCCAGAAUGUCAACUGUCUUGGAUAUUCUGAUGGCCUUGGUGAAAACUUUUAAGAAUCGUGUCGGAUGCUUCCGAUCUCCAGAGGCAGUGGGCAUAAUUAAGUGGCUGAUGGAACAACUGGGAAAAGAUAUUGAUGUCAAUUUAAAAUUCAGCAUUUUAGAUUUUCUCGUUGCUCUUUUCAACCCUGGCUCUCAACGAGAUGCAACUUACGACAAUGUCAUUGAGCCAGCAAUUCAUGCCUACACAGCUGCCCUAGAAACUCACAUCUUGGGAGAGUCAAGUUUUGACAAAAAUUAUAUUCUAGUGAAAACAAGCCUAAACAAACUGCUCGCAGGAUUGGAGCUCACUGGAAAUGCUUUUCUUUUGAAAAGAAUCAUGAUCAGAACAAGCACAGAUUUGAACCAAAAUAUUAGGAAUGACAUCAAGAAAACUUUAGCAAAUCUGACCAAAAAGAAGAAUGAUAUCAUUAAAAAAGAUUUGUUGAAUGUUAUGUUUGACUGUGCUGUUGGCUUACCUGAACUCGAAAAUUAUCGAGAAAAUAUUUUGAAAACUUACCUUGAGCCCACCUUGCGUUAUUGCUGCAUCAAAUCAGGCAAAAAUGUUCUGAAAGUAUUUUAUGAGGGAUGCAUUGAAAAUUUAAUGACCACGGUCAAUGCUGAGUUCACUCUGUCUGCAAAAGAAAAUGAGAUUAAUACAGAAAUUGUCUCGAAAAUAGUUGCUCUAACAUUAUUGGAGAUUUUGUUUGGCUACUUUGACCGAUCUGAUUUUGAUACUGAAUGGUUUAAAACUGCCUCCAAAGUCAGCUCAGGUCAAGAAUUUCUUCAAAAAUUACUGAAAGUUUUUGUGGAGCCAAAAAACUGUACUAGCAAUUUUAAAUCAGCCGAUUAUGAAGACGCCUUAAGAAGGUACCAUUGUGCAAGCUUUAAUGCCACCAUGGCCUUAAUUUGCAAUUCAAAGCGGGAUGUUCCAAGUGAAUCAUCAAAGGAUUCCGAUCCAUCUACAUCAUCAGUUGCAAAGAAACGGAAGUCGGCUUUAGACUUCUACACAAAGUUUGUCUUCUCCAAACUGGGUACCACUGGCUUUAUGGACAAAAUCAUAAACCUGAAACAAAAUUAUAGAUUCCAUGUCGAUUUUAACAGUGACGAACUUCCAAAGCAGAAAAAAACUCUUGUCAGUAUAAGAAGAGCUGCAAGAUCUGAGACUGGGAGAGCGCCCAUUCAAGGCUCUAUGGAUAUUUCCACGCAAAGCCUCUUUGCGGGAAGCCUCAGCGAAGAUCUGACUAGCUACGACUUAAGCAAUCAUAGGGUUGUUGAAGUUGAAGCUGUCCAAGAAGCUCAAGUUGCCGCUGGCUCUGACAUCAACGAGUCAGCAUGCCUCGAGUUAGAAAUGGACGUUAUCAAUGAGCAUGAGUGCAUGCCAAUGCUAACCGCAGUGAUAAACACAAUGAAAGAUGCUCAAUUAAUUCAGCCUCCACCUGAGAUAAUAGGAUCUUCUGAUCUGCCAAAUUGGAUAAAGCCUAUUCAUCAGGCUUUAAUCAACCAAAACGUUCACAAAAAUAUUAAAAUUUUCCUCUGUAAACUGAUUUUGAAUGUCAGUGAGGUUUUUGCACCAUAUGCCUCUCACUUUAUCCUGUCAAUUUCUGAAGCUAUUGCUGCCAAAUGCUUUGGCAGCGAGAUAAAUUAUUUCGUAGCUGAUUUGGUAACUCUAAUGCUAUCAUGGAGAAAAAUUGCAGUUCCAGAUGGGAAAAAGGACGAAAAUAGGACUACCGUCAGUGAACUUUUAUCAUUCCUUAUGGCAAACACUGAAAGUUUUAACAAAAGAGUCUUCCGCCGAAAUCUUGAAAUUGUCAAAACUGUGGUGGAAGUAUGGAAGUCAAGUCUCGAUAUCCCAUACCAGCUCUUGCUAGACUUGUUGAAGCCAGAAGAUAACGAUCCAAAGAGCGAAAAGGCUCAAACUGGAAUUAUGCUGGCUGGAAUUUUAGUAGUCAAUAACAUUGCCCCUUACGCAUCAGCUAGUAAAAUGAAGUACUUAUCUGCCUUGGUUAGAAAAAUGCACUCACAGAAAACUACAAUUUAUGAGCCCACAGCCGAAGUAAUUGGACGUAUCCUCCUUUUCCUGCAACAAGAAGGGUCAGAUUAUCAGUUGACCAAUGAUGGCUCAACUCUUUUGAAUUCAGUAAAGACAUUAAUGCAACGAAUAUACAAGCCAACAGAGCCGAAGUUUUAUAGAUGCCUUUUAAAAAUUAGCCUAAGUUUUCCUCCUGUUGUGAAAGAAUUCUUACGUCAAAUGAUAGUGAAUUUCACUGGAACAAAAAACAACAACCUGCAAGAAAAGUGUUUAGACCUACUUCAACUGAGUAUUGACUCAACUGGCUCAGAUUUGUGCGAAUUGCUCCAGGAAGUUCAAAUCAUUGAUCUUUGGAUGAAUUACUUAUCCACAAGUGGCUCGCAGUGUCAUCUAGCAGCAUUGAAAUUAUUCGCUAAAUUACUUCUUAACAACCUUCUCCCUACAGACUUACAAAAAAAAGUAAUAGCAGUAUUCCUGAACUUAGUGUCAAGCUCAAAACGAGAUGAAUCUCGUAAAAUAAUUUUUGAAACGGUGUCUAUUUUAUACAGCAGAUAUUGCAAUAAUCCUGCGAUAGAGGAUAACAUCAAAAAUAGAUGUAAAGAAAUUCUCAUUCGUGGACUUGUAGACAGAAAUGCUGAAAUCCAAAAAAGUCUAUAUGAAUUCUGGAUGAAAGAUAAUGUGCUACCAGAAAAAUCUAUAGAUAGGCUGAGAUUUGUUAUCUCAAAUAUGUACAUUCGAGACAUCGAGUACGCCUUCUUGGGAUACUGCCUUCGAUUUGUGCUAGAUUGUGCAGAGCAAACUUUAAGUUGCAGAGAAAACAUUUUUGACUUUCCCCUUGCCAACUGUAAUCUUUUUGAACUACCAAUCAAUGCAGCUUGGAAAAGACAACAUGCAUCCUUCGUUCCUUUAUUUGCGGACACGACUCAAAGAUCCUCUCAGUCAAGCUCUUUUAGUGAUUCAGCCCAAGUCAGAGCCACACAGUCUCUGGAGUUUGCUCCCACGGUAGCGUCAGAUGCCGUGUCAGAUAAUUUUGAUCAUCCUCAAGUUACUAGUAGCCUCAAUGAUUCUGGCGUUCCUUCUAGUUUUGAUUUUGUCAACACCUCAAAAUUCAAAAGCCGCUCUUUCAUGAGAAAGUUUGAGAAACCGCAUCAAUCAACAGAUAUUGCUAAUGUAGGGCAUGUAAUUUCGUCUCAGCACAAAUCAUAUCGUUUGAAAAAGACUCAAUCUAAGGAAGAUGAUAGCAAGUAUGCUUUACAGAACAUAAAACUGAAUAAAGCCAUUGAAAUUGCCCAGAGGGAAGAGGUAGAGAAACGCAGCAAAGAGGUCACCGUAUUGCGUACCUACAAGACUGGAGAUUUCCCAGACAUUGAAAUCAGUUACAAGGAGUUGAUUGUGCCACUACGGGUUUUUGUUCAACAAGAUCAAUCCUCUGCACGUCAUCUGACAGUGGCUCUCUUCAAAAGCUUUCUAGACGAAGAAUCACUACAAGGAGCGGAUGAUUUUUACCGUGAAGUAAUGGCAAGCAUUGGGAAUAUCUUGCAAAAUUCUCUCUCGUUCAACCCGGCUAUCAUCGGCGCGUUCUUUGAAGUGUCAUAUUUUUGCCAUGAAAAGAUCAAUCUUGACUUUGAUGCAGUAUCCACAGCUGCGCAAGCCUCUGGUUUACUAUCUUUAGGAACUGUAGUUUUGGAAAACCAAAUUUCAGCCCUCAGCGAAAGCGAUUUCAGUUCUGGACCAUCUGCCAAGCGUCAGAGAUUGGACAGAAUGGAUGAAACCAACUUAACGGAAGAAGCAAAUAUUUGGUUCAAACUUGCUGAGUUGUAUUAUAGCCUCAGUGAAUCAGAUGUGGUCUUAGGAAUUUUCCGAGACAAAUUGACAAAUGGGAAUGUUGACUUGAUUAAAGCAACAGAAAAAGAACAACUUGAAGAUUGGCAAGGAGCCAGAAGACAUUAUUUUGAGGUUUAUAAAGACGAAACUUAUUCCGAAAAACAGCGUCAAUUUGUAACACAAUCUUAUUUUAAGUGCACUGCACUUUGCUCUAACUGGAAUGAGCUAAAACAGAGUGUUCUUGUUGCCCUUGAUUCUGACUAUGAUAGGCUGUGGGAGGAAGACAAAAAGCUGUGGAAUCUAGAAAACAUUGCCCCAUGGUUAUUUUCAUCAGAACUUCACAUGUUUAUCCGGAGUGGUAACUCAGAAUUCCCACAAAAAAUUAACCAAUGGAUUCAUGAUAAAGACAAGGAAAGGAGAAAGGAAAAUGAACUUUUGAAUUAUGUCGGAGAACAGCUGGCUGUGUGGAAUGCAAUAGAGGUUGACUCAUUUGAGAGAGGAAAACUGUACGCGAAGGGUCAUCUAUCCAAUCUACUCAAUGAUUGGGCGCAUCUCAAUCCUUUGUCUCAUCAACUAAGAACCAAAAAAUUGCUCGAUUUUCAGCUAUUGUCAGACAUCUUGAACAUGCUAUUCGCGACUGAUUCAUUUGCCCUAACACAAAUGACUAAAAUGGAACGGCUACUUAAAGAUUGGAAUAAACACUCUCCAGCCAUCAGUGACUCUUUAACACACUGGGACACCCGUCUCCUGUAUCGAUGUCUUUUCUUGAAUCAGGUAUGGAAAGAAUUGGGCAAUGAUUUAGAAACUGGUUUGUGCAAGUCACUGAAGGACAGUCGUCUGCACCUGAUCGACAUCACAUUAAAAGGGAAGAACUCUGAAUUUGCAAAACAACAAUUACGUUUGGUAAAGCAACAUAUCCCAGAGUCUGUGAACACACUUUAUACUGGAAAAUAUCAUCUGAAAUGUGCUCAAUUUGCUGAAAACGAAAACGAAAAGGCUAAGAAGAUUAAUCAGUCAUGGAAUGCUUUAGAUUCUAUGAGGAAAAUGGCCAUAGAAGAUGAUUUACAAUGUAUGAGAUUCUCUCUCAUGGCCGAUGUUAUAUCUAGUUUCCGCAGAAUCAUGCCAAAGAUAUCUGCUGACAACAGAAACUCUUUUGAAAAAAAGGUUCGCUCAGAACUUGUGAGUCAUGAACUCUUAUUCUCCACGCCCUUAGAAGAAAAUUUGAGGAAGCUGGGUUUUCUCUGUCUAAAAGAAGCUCUAGAAUGGGCAGGUAGAACAGAAAGUGUUAACCAAGAAACUGUUUUAGCAGAUGCUCAUAUGAAAAUUGUUCGUUAUUGCUUUGGUGUCUACAAUCAGCAGGAAGAGGCUCCGGAAGAGUACAACCAGUAUUUUAUACGUUCUCUUUUAUCUGCCAUGGAAUACAAUUCAGAAGAGGCAACUCAACUAUUCCCAUGUCUUCUCCAACUUGAAUGUCUGGAAAUUUCUGAAAUGAGCGAGUUGUUCAAAAAUCAGUGUAAGCGAAUUCCUGAGUGGAAAUUCCUUGAAUGGGUGCCUCAACUUCUGACUGCUCUAUACUCACCAAAAGUUGCAGCUGUGUCAGAUCUUCUACUGAGACUUGCGGAAAAGUAUCCAAAUGCACUUAUUUAUCCUUUCAGGCUGAGCAAGGAAAUGCAAGCGAAAGUUUCGUCCUCUACUCAAACAAUCGUUGAUAGUCUUGGAACUCUCUUGGACUGUGAUUAUGGUACCGAAAAAUUCCUUAAGGCCAUGGCAUGUCUUUGUCUUCCUGAUGUUAAACUGAAAUCUUUCUUGGGUCGGCUUAAAACAUCACUGGAAGCAAAUGAUGGCAAAUGUGCUGUCUGUAUUGGCGCAGUUCUAGAAAUCUUUGAUGAAGCAGAAAUCAAAGGGAAUAUUUACUCCCUUAUCGGGGAUUUAAAGAAAGACGUUAUAGAACUGAAGAAGUAUGUUGAUAAAGGGAAACUGAAAGAAGCUCUGAAACAAACAGAAAACAUAAUGAGAGCAAUUACUCCGUGUUAUCACAAGCAGCCGUCAAGAGACGCCAGAAUAUCCCUCAAAUCCUACAGUCCAUGGUUGGCAUCAUUUAUUUCAACAGCAUAUUCAAGCACCAUCGAAAUGCCAGGGCAGUACUCUGGCAAAAUGCGACCUGAUCUUAAAAAUCACAUAAUGAUUGCUGGGUUCAAAACGGAGGUUAGUGUCAUGCAAUCCUUGCGGAGACCCAUCAAAUUAACGAUGAUUGGAAAUGAUGGAAAUGAGUAUAGUUUCCUAGUGAAAUGUGGUGAAGAUUUACGUCAAGAUCAAAGGAUCCAGCAACUCUUGACUCUCAUGAAUAGUUCUCUAACAUCUAAUAGCGGGACAGCUGCUCGCAAACUCUCAAUUGUCACUUAUGCAGUGGUGCCACUUAGCUCAAGCCUAGGAUUAAUUCAAUGGGUGAAUGAUACUGUUCCGUUGAAAGAAUUAAUGUUCAAGUUCUUUUUAGAAUCUGACACAGAAAAAUACAAAAAACAGGUGGCAGAACAUUACUCUACUUGGCUGUCAAAAUGUUGUCGCACAAAUCCAACAGCUGGUCGUAUAUAUGGAAGUGCAGCACAAACUUACUCUCGUCAAGUGGUCAUCAACACCUACAAUGAACACGUAUCAAAAUUAGAAAAAAUCAACUUGAGAAAAUCAUUCAUGUCAAAUUCGUUGAAUUUAGAAGCCUUCAUCAGUAUGCGCAAUGAGUUCUUAUGCAGUUACGCGGUCAUGUCCAUCUGCCACUGGAUACUUGGUAUUGGUGAUCGCCAUCUCUCUAACACACUGGUCAAUCUUUUCACGGGAAAGUGUUUAGGAAUCGACUUUGGACAUGCAUUUGGAUCAGCCACACAAAUUCUCCCUGUCCCAGAAUUAAUACCUUUCAGGUUGACUCCUCACAUCCUGGACUUGGCUGAACCAUUCAAAGAAUUCGGUCUCCUUAGGGAAUCGAUGGUUUCAGCAUUAAAAUGUCAGAAGGAUAAUCAACAUGUUCUCCUGGCAACAAUGCAAGUUUUUAUACAAGAACCUUCCAUGGAUUGGUUUGAGAAUGCUCACAGACUUGCUCAGAAACAAUCAGGAGAAUCUGAUGGCUCAAAGAGCCGGAGCAACUACUUUAAAGAUGCCCAGGAUUCAUUCUCUUUGAGGAAUAUUGAGCUUGCCUGGAAGAAGUUGGAAGGUGGGCACCCUACAGAAAUAAUGAUCAAAGAAUUGGAAGCAGGUCAUAAAACAUCUCCAUACCUUGAUGCCUUUAAAAAAAUUUUGCAAGGAACAAAUGAAUCUUUGCGAUUCAAAUUUAGGAUCGAUCAGGAGUUGAAUGCCAACCAACAGGUGGACAUCCUCUUAGAUCAAGCUAAAGACAAGCAUAUCUUGGGUAUAACAUAUGCUGGGUGGGAGCCCUGGGCGUAGAAUCGCAGUUUCCCAGUUUCUCUUUCUACCUGUGAUAACCAUUUACAAUUUGUUAAAGACUGAUGUGAUAUGUAUUUAUAAAUUGCCUAGUAUUCCUAUAAGCCUUAGUUUCUUGGGAAAAUACUCCAUUAUUCUCUUCAUUGAAUCUUUUCAGUAUUUUUAAGUCAUUUUUAUGUUCGUCAAUUACAAGGAAGAAUUUCGCUCUUAGGGGGUCAUUCUUGUAUUACAUGAGCAAUUUAGGGGAAAGGAGGUCUCUGGAUUUGCCUUACCGGGUCUUAUGAGGGGAGAGGGGGGGGAAGACCAGACUUCAGUAUAAAUAUAGAUAUAUAUAUUUUUCAAGAAAUAUUAUUUUUUCCAGCUACUUUUUAGGGUUUCUCUGUUAUUAUUACUGAAACAUGGGGGGGGGAGGAAGGUCAAGCUAAUCCUACUUAUUUCCAAAAAAAGGUAACAGGUUGUCUUGUGGGUGUCCUUUAAGGGGGAGAAAGGAUGAAAAAUUCGGCUAAAAUGCCGCCUAUAAUUCUUGAAUGGCCCCCAGCAACAAAUCUACCUUCAUCUUAUAAAAGAGAUCUCUGCCUAAAAAGGUAUUUUACCGUAUUAUUUCUGGAUUUUGUGUAAUUAAUAAAUAUUUUUCUGUACCCGGAAAGGCAUACCUCUAUAUCUUACCUCUCAAUGUUGUGGAAGCAAUAAAUAAUAAAUUUUCUAAUUCCGUAA